AUGCUGGGAAGCGUUGAGAGGAUAUUGUACGACGGCGAAUUUGUGCGCCUCGUGGAGGUCCGUCUGCCGUUGCGCGGCUCCUCGCAAGGUCAGCUGUUAUCGGUACGGACAUGCGAACGUAUUGGCCAGGGCUCCUUUGGUACCGUGUAUCGCGCUGCGUGUGACGGAUAUCCAAGGCUGGCACUCAAGAUUGCCACCGGGAAGGCCGCACGUCUUCGCCAGGAGUUAGACGUUCUUGUCAAGGUAUGCACAAAAGGGAAACUCCUGCUGCCUCGCUUUGAGUUUGGGGCUAUAAACAAAACCGGUGAUCUGAUUAUUGUCGGUAUGGAGCUCUGCGUGCCGUCGACGCUGCAUGAUUUGCUUUUAGUGACACGCCUCACCAAUGAAGCUGAUAUGCUGUUUCUCGCCCACCAGGUGUUGCAGGCGGUUGCCUGCGUUCACGAGCAGCGAUGCAUUCAUAGAGAUGUUAAACUUCAAAAUUUUGUGUUUGACCUGGACGGCAACCUGAAACUCAUAGACUUUGGAUUAGCCUCCACUGAAUGGAACCCGCCACCGGGUGACGUGGUGGCAGGCACUGUUUCAUUUAUGGCACCGGAAAUGGCACACAACGCACUGCACAGAGAUCAGCGGGUUAGCGUUGGAGCCUCUGCUGAUGUUUGGUCGGCGGGCAUCGUACUUUUCUCUAUUUUUACGCAACGCAAUCCUUACCCGCCCUCCAUUGCUUCCCGCUCCGCAUCUCACUCCCAUGAGGACGCUGACGAGGAUGGAGACGGUGACGAUGGUGGGGCAGCACUGCCAACAAGGCUCAAUAGUGAGAAUGUGCGGUUACUGCGCCGCGUGGCUGCUGCAGACUGGCGAUGGCCUGUGGGUUGCAGCGUCUCCAACGAGUUGCGGCAACUUGUGGAGUUUAUUCUCGUCUGUGAUCCCGUGAAACGGCCGGAUGUUUUGGCGAUUCUCAGCAAGCCAAUCUGGAAUUCCCGCCGUCGGGCCCCGCCGACCGCUGUCACCGCGUUUUUGGGUGUUCAAGACGAUUUUCUUUUAUCCCACGACGAGGCUCACUUGUUGCGGGCUGUGGAACAGCGCAGCGCCGACGUCACCGCCAGCCUGAUGGGCAGCCGCGCCAACAGCCCCGGUGAAGGCGAGGCUGAAGAGGCUGAGCUACGCGCAUCACUAAAAUUUGUGGCCAGGGAGGAAACGGCAGUGGGCGGUGUGCCAACGCAUCAGCUGUAUGAUGUUCGCCGCGAAGCGAAGCGGAAGCGACCGCUCCGUGAAAUAUCGGUAGUUAUUGCUGAAGAGACGGCGAAGGGACUCAGGCGGUGCCGGUCAAAACGGGCAAGGCAGGAAGUCUGCUCCGCUUCACGUGGUAACUCUUGUGCAAGUUCUCGUGUAAAUUCACGCGGGAACUCCCGUGCUACAUCUCCGGUGACGCAGCAAUUUGUCAAUGAAGGAGAAAAAGCUCUCAGCAAAACAACGAGGAGCGGCAGGAGGUAUCGUAGUAAUCCUCAGUCAUCUUCGGUGCCUCCUGAGGAGGCGGGAGAAGCAGAAGUAGAUCAGAUGGCGUCGAAAAAAAAAUUGUCUCCCGUACGGCUCCUUAAUGGUCAAGUGGAAGAGUGGAACGCAACAAACCAUACCACGCAAUGUCUACGCCAUUCUCACGUCAGUUAUGAGUGUGAUAAAAACCACAAGUUGUCACGGGAAGCCAUGAAUGCGUGUGCCAUGGGUAUGGUCUCCGAUGGAGUUAUGGAGCAAGGAGGGAUGCAGUCCGUCGACGAUGCGGCGCCUAAGACGGCAGGCACUGUACCUGCUCAUAUUACCAGGAAGAAGCUUGCAUCGGGAUGGAUGGAUGCUACGGAAGUUGUUGCCAUGGAGAUGGCUGUACGGGGUCUUGCGGAAAAAAUGAUCCUUUUACAGUUAGAAUGCCUCUUUUCCGUUUUCCGCGUGACGGCGGAGGAAAAGCAAGAGUGGUUUGACAUGAUUUGGCUAGCGGAGGAACAACGAAAAUCGGCUACGCAUCCUCACCGUUUCAAGGAGACUACGCGUGUAAGCAAAAAGUAUCAGUAUGGCUUUGUAUGUGACAUGUGCGAUUAUGAGUUUCUGCCUGUUGGGAAAAGCAUUUACUUUUUUCACUGUUCCUGUGGCAGAGAUUUAUGCGUGGAUUGCCAUCAAGCGUACAGCAAGCAGUGCAGCUGUUCCAAGUGCGGCACCGUCUAUGAAAAUAGUGUGAUGCUGCGUGAGCACCAUCGAAAAGGCAGUUGUGCAGCGGCAUGUAAAAACAAAAAGAGGCCUGUGGCUCCUCAAGCGCAGUUAAACACCACCAACCCUGCCACGUCGAAGAAGACGGUGAUACAAACCCACAAGGCUGCGCGGGGGUCCACCAAUGCUACUACUGCUUCUGGCCCAACAACGAAAGCUUCCACGGCAGCUGCGGCAAAGUCAGUCCCAAAGAGGGAAGCGGUAAUGAUGGGCGCAGGGAACGCUGUGAAGGAGGAGACGGUGACGGAGACGACGCCAUCGUCGCUGUUCAGCAGACCCAUCAACACGAUGCCAGAGGGGAAGUGGAAGCCAAUGGAACGCUUAUCGGUUAGCCACAAACCCAUUCAACCAACACCAGAGGAGCGCGCGGUUUUGCUUAACGGGGAUUGGAUUCGUCAUUUUCAUUUAUUUCCAACAGAGGAAGACGUAGAGCCCGUUGCUUUUACUUAUCACAUUCAGCCGGGGCGUACGGGGGCAAUUUUUCUUAAUCACGGUUUUUCAAUGCAUUCAGCCGUAAUUUCAGUGUUGGAGCGUCAGAUGCUCAUUGUGGAUUACGUUGACACCUUGGAGAACAGUGAUGCGGCGCGCGUGGUUUCACUUGGAAAUGCGAAGUGCUUGGCUGAAAGUGCGUACAAUCUCCUACAACGCGUUGUCGCGUACGAUUGCAAUAUGAUGAAGCAGCAUCGCGCUCCUGGCACCAUCUCUAUUUACCGGACGUCGCAAACGGCAAUCCGGUGUCAAGGGGAACCAUUUGUGUAUGUUCGUUGGUUUCGCUUUGACGCACAGCACUCAUUAAGUGCGUUUUUGCUCUCCAACGGAGCAGUUCAGGUGCUUGUAGGCGAUCAGUACGAACUUCGUUGGUUUGACGAAAACCGUAAGUUUCUCCUCCGUAGCAAUGGGGUGUGUGAAAUGGUGGAUGAUGCCACAUUUGCUCUUGCUUCUGACGUCAGCCGCCUGUUGUACGAUGAUUUCUGA